UCAACAAAUUAUCCAUGUUGUCUUUUAAAAACAUUUAAGUGUUUAAAUACAAACUUUAUGGGCAAUAGAAUAAAAAUUUCCAUGAAACCUAAUGAACCAAGUCAAUUAAUCCGCAAAUAGACAAACAAUAUGCCUAGAAGUGCGUGAGAGUACAAUUUUCUAUGUAGUUACCAGACCUUGUGACAAUCCCAGAGAAGCCCUGUCUCCUCCCUGCAUUUGUGGUUGGUGUACUUCCGUUCCUUUCUCUGUCUGAAUGAGACACGCGUCUGACCCUGUACCAGCCCUGGCAGCCGCCAGGUCGGCGACAAUCGCUGUCCAGAUUACCAGAGAAGCAAAAGUGUAAAAGAAUCCAACAAAGAGGGAAAAUAAAGUAAGAGGAGGAUAGAAACACACACAGCGAAAAGUAUAACAAAUACAAAAGUCAAAGUCUGACAGCUGGUUCAUUCUUCAAAUCCAUAUGGUGCAGCACUUGUUUUUCCACAGAGUGUGGGAUCCUGUCUGUUUUGUUAUUGUUGCGAGGAUAGUCCCCUCAAUCACUCCAGGACUGGAGCAGCUCCAGCUGAUAGUGCGCAGCCGAUGACGGGAUAUUGCUCGGUGGGAGGGGAGCAGAGAGUGAGACACUGUCGUGCUUCAACGCAGUCAGUGUGUGACAGCGAGCCAGCGGUGGAGAUGUCGGAUGACGACUCGAGGGCCAGCACCAGCUCCUCCUCGUCUUCAAGUUCUUCACAAGCAGCUGAGAAAGAGACGAGAAACAACAACGACAGCAUCACCGGCGGCGGCGGCAGCAGCGAUAACAACGGCGGCGGUGGGGGUGGUAGCGGCGGAGGGAGCAAGAGGAAAAGAGAAGCGAAGAACAACACCAUGAGCAAGAACCCUAAGCUACUCACCACCAGCGCCAAGAGAAUCCAGAAGGAGCUGGCUGACAUCACGUUGGAUCCACCACCGAACUGCAGUGCUGGACCAAAAGGCGAUAAUGUUUAUGAGUGGAGGUCAACAAUUCUGGGGCCUCCAGGGUCAGUUUAUGAAGGUGGCGUAUUCUUUCUGGACAUUGUAUUUUCAGCAGAAUAUCCUUUUAAACCACCCAAGGUGACUUUCAGAACAAGAAUCUAUCAUUGCAAUAUCAACAGUCAAGGUGUGAUUUGUUUGGAUAUCCUGAAGGACAACUGGAGCCCAGCACUGACCAUCUCCAAGGUUCUCCUGUCAAUUUGUUCUCUUCUAACAGAUUGCAAUCCUGCGGACCCUUUGGUUGGGAGCAUAGCCACGCAGUAUAUGACUAACAGGGCUGAACAUGACAGAAUAGCAAGACAGUGGACCAAGAAAUACGCCACAUAAACUCAUGGUUAUCAAUUCUAUCGACAUUUGUCUCCGAUGGAAAUGAGCUGCUUCUCAUUGAAUUGAAAAGGGGAAUGGGUUGGGAUGAAGGGGAGGGGAGGGGAAUGGGACAAGCAUUCCUAUUACAGGUUUUAAAUGCAACAGUCUUUUAUUUGCAUAAGUCUAGUCGGAACUCUUGAUGAGCUUUGUUAUUGUAGCUUAAACAAUAAACUAUUGAUCUCUGACAGUAGAUAGGAAAUUCACAUGGAAAAGGUUGAUGAUUAUGACAUAAUGGGUCAUGCAAGACACAGAUUUGUUACUGAACUAUUAAGUGAUACCUCUUUGCUGGUUUAAGUUUUAGUUGUCUGUGUUCACUGUGUAUGGUCAAAAUUUGAAGAUGCUUGUAACACCAGUCAAACUUGCAAGGGUUGAUAUUGUUGAAAAAUGUAAGGGAAAGCCACGCUAAAGACUUCCAGCAUUUUUUAAAACCCAAGAAGAGUGAUGACCAGAUACAACAGCAUUGUCUUUAUUCAGGGAAUAAGGAAUGAAUUGGCAGAAUAUUUGUAAUUACAGGGAACAGGUUUUAUUUUGCAGGGAGUGUGGGGGUGAAACCCAAAAUCCUUUUAAGUAACUGUUUUGCCUUAUUUGAAUUAGGGUCUCAAUUCAGUGUGUUUUGUGGACUAUGUAAUAGGGCAGUUUUUUUUUUACAUUAAUAUUAUACAACAUUAGGUCCUUUUUAAAAUGAUCAAACAUGUAACCUUAAAACAAAUUGAUUGAGGGUCUUGAGCCCCUGAUUUGUUUCAAAUUCUACAAUGCCUGUUUCAAAAAACAGUUUUGUCAGUGGUCAUGCUUUAGCCAGAUGAGAGUAUUGUAUUAAAAUAUCUUUGCUUUUUUUAAUGCAGAGUGUCUACAAAAGAAGAGUGCAUUUUAAUUUUGAUGUUUUAAGAUUUUAGAGAAUAUUAGAACUUGAGGAUGAGCUGUUUAAGUUCUGUCAAUUAUUGUUAAGACUUCAUUGGCCCCCAUCAUAUUGCAAAUUCAAAGAAUGUUGAUCUUUACCAAAGUUGUACAGUUACUGGUCUGUAACCACUGUAAUUCUGACUGUUUUCUUUGGGAAGUUAAAUUUAAAAUGUCAGUUUGUCAGCAACCACACAUUCUAAUUAAAAACACUGAUCAUGAAACUUUA